AUGUUAACGUUCACAGAGGGCCAUCGGCAUCAGCACAAUCAUUCAACAAACAAGAGAAUUGAAAUUGUGCAUCAACAACAAGGUACAUCCGCAUCAAGACAUACAUCUGCCGAUUUGAAUCGACCUUGCCAUUCUUCUUCUUCUUCUUCCUCAUUGAUACAAUUAGAGAAAGACUUACGAAAUCCGUUAUUGCUGAGACAGCUUGAAAAAGUGAAACAACAUCGAGAGCAAGCCUCGAGUAGUGAUUUCUCGGUGAGAUACAUCCAUUUGGCACUGACUCAGAAUACGAAUGAAAUGAUCAUUCAAUUUCAUACUUUUGGCUAUGAUGAAAACAAGAUUGGGAGGCCAAUGGCAAUUAUUGGAAAAAGCGAGCAAGAAUUACAAUCAAAUCCUCAAUGGUAUGGAAUGGGAGCAGUCACCACAUCGUACGGAGAUUCGAGCGUCACAGGAUUUGAUCAUGCCAUUUUGUUGAAUAAUUUGAGUUUUGACACAACGUAUUAUUAUCGGGUUGGAUUUGGACAUGUUGUGAAUGGAAAACCUGUAUUCACUGUUCAAUCGGAUUCGACUUUUUACUUUACAACAAGAAGUAGAGAUCCUUCCGAAGUGACCAUUGUCAUCUUUGGAGAUAUGGGAGUUUUCUUUUGUGAAUCAAACAUUGAGAGAAUCUCAAAAAUUGUGAAGGACAACACUGGAAAUGGAAAUUUCUUCAUCUAUCAUGUAGGAGAUAUCAGUUAUGCUGAUUCUUAUCCAGGAUUCAUGUAUCAGUAUGUGUGGGAUAAAUUUUUUGAGCACUGGGAAGGUGUUCAACCUUAUGUGCCUUACAUGACAACUGUGGGUAAUCAUGAGUAUGGACCAAGAUUGGGACCUGAUAAACACUCAUUUGAAUAUAACUUUACUGCUUAUAAUCACAAAUUUUGGAUGCCACUCAGAAAUGAUUCACAAUAUGGUCACAACAUGUGGUAUCACUUUGAUUUUGGACCAAUAAGAAUUGUGGCUAUUGAUACAGAAACCAAUUAUCCCAAUGCUCCAUUCCAUCCAGUUUUUCAAGGAGAUCACGUCUCCUAUGUCAAGAAUGCAAUCAUGAGUGCAAAUAGAACUCGGACACCUUUCCUCAUGACUGUUGGACAUCGACCAAUUUAUUCAACUGAAAAAGGAUUUUCAGAUGCUAAUGGAAAUGUUGUAGGAGACUCACGGAUAUUACAGGAGUUAUUUGAAAAUGAUUACAAGAAGUAUCGAGUAGAUAUGGCAAUUUGUGGUCAUGUGCAUGCAUAUGAGAGACAACAUCCAAUUUAUAAUGGAACCAUUGAGCAAGAUCAACUCAAAGAUCCACACAAUUAUAUCAAUCCACAAGACACCAUUUACAUUGUGGAUGGAAGUGGAGGAAGUUUGGGAGGAAUGGACCCAAAUCACGAUUUCAACACAAACAUCAAGUGGAAUUACAUGAGAUAUAACAACGAUGAGGGAUUUGGACUUUUAAAAAUUAAGCGUGACUCACUUACGAGCUUUGUUGUAAAUUUUCAACAAUUCAACGAUCGAGGACAAGUCAUUGAUUAUUUCACCAUGCGAAAAACACAACCUUAA